GUGAUACUUUCCGCCUCGCCAUUUUGUGUUGCUGCGCCGGGUAUUUAUCAGAAGAGUCGUGACUGUCCCCCUCCACACGGUUAGAUAGGUGGCCGCACGGUUUCGGUUUUACCCGCUUUUGCUUAACACGUCUGUGGCCUUCAAUUGACUCCAUUAAGUGCGAUUUUUUUAAACUCACGAAAACCGAUUAUUUUGUACUUUUAGUUUAUUUUUUUGCUGUGAGUUAGCGUGUUAGACAGGAUGUCGAGCCAAAGCCCAGAAUACUCGCCGUUCUUCGCAGUGAUGGGUGCCUCUGCGGCGAUGGUGUUCAGCGCCUUGGGAGCAGCCUAUGGCACAGCAAAGAGCGGCACAGGCAUCGCUGCGAUGUCCGUGAUGAGGCCGGAGCUCAUCAUGAAGUCAAUCAUCCCAGUGGUCAUGGCGGGUAUCAUAGCCAUCUAUGGCUUGGUAGUAGCAGUGCUGAUUGCCAACAACGUUGCUGAGAACAUCAGCCUUUAUAAGAGUUUCCUGCACCUCGGAGCGGGGCUGAGUGUGGGCCUCAGCGGGCUGGCGGCAGGCUUUGCGAUCGGCAUUGUGGGAGACGCAGGUGUGAGGGGCACAGCCCAACAGCCCAGGCUCUUUGUGGGCAUGAUCCUCAUCUUGAUUUUUGCUGAGGUCCUGGGUCUCUACGGGCUCAUCGUCGCUCUUAUUCUCUCCACGAAGUAAACGCUCGACGUCUCCUCGACAAAAAUCACCCAUUUAAGUUGCUGCUGGGGGGAAAAAAGAAAAAAAUUGCCACACAAGAUAAAAGAAGUGAAUCUGGGGUUUAAAAAAAAAAAAACAUCCAAUGGUCUUAUCAUAACGAUGUGUACAGUCAUCCCAAUUUGAUAGUCAACUUGUAAAUGCGCAAUGUAGUGAUUUGUUCGUCUUGUAUGUGUGUGUGCGUGGUAUUAAAAAAAACUGUAUAAUAAUUUUUCCCUCCACUUAUUUUGGGCUUUGAGGCCAAACGAGGCGGCUGAGCCUCGGGUCUGUAAGAGCUGACCACAGGGCCGCACUUUUCCUCCUCUAUCAACUUGGGAGUUGAUGUAAUUUCUGAAUAAGUCUUGAGAAUCUGUUUGUAAAGAAAAUUGUGUAUGGACAAUUUUUUUUUUCCACUGUUUUUAUUUAUAAAUAUGUUCAUUGAACUAUUAAAUGAAAACAAAUUGUCCAUGAUAUAUACAUAUAUAAAUAUAUACAUAUCCAUAUAGAUUUAAUGCACUGUGGGUAAUUGUGAAAAGUUGUUGGAAUCCCUCCGGAUGUAAUUUUUUUGGUUCGAUUAAGAUUGCCUUUAGUAUGUUGCUGGUGGAGUGAGAGUUUUGUGUGUAGCUGUACUCUAAUCAUUACGCAAACAUUUCCAGACCAGUGUGUUUACCUGUAGUACCUGUUUGCAUUAAAGGUGUGUGUGCCCACGUUGGGUCUCACAAGUGUAAUUUCCACA